AUGAAUGCGGGCGGAUCGGUAAAGGAUCGAAUUGCGCGCCGAAUGGUUGAAUUAGCCGAAGAGAGUGGUCGACUGAAACCCGGGAUGACUAUAAUCGAGCCUACAGCUGGGAAUACUGGAAUUGGGCUGGCGCUUGCUGCUGUCAUCAAAGGCUAUCAGUGUAUCAUUGUGAUGCCCGAAAAAAUGAGCAAAGAGAAGGUUCCCCGCAAUUUUUCUACUUUUAACUGUUGCAAACAUUGA